AUGGACGCCCUCAGCAGCGAUGCCUCCCUUCGCCGCACCUCCUCCACCCACUCCGCCUCCUCGGGUAGCAGAAAGUCUGCCUCCAAGCGCUCCAAGCCGCGCAAGUCUCCCUCUACCGCCUCGUUGCAGCGGAGCGCUCCCACUCCCUCUGACAAGAGCCUGACCUCGUUUCCAUCCCUCUCGCCCUCCCCCGAAGGCUCUCCCAUUACCGCUCGCUACCACGGCUUCCAGCAAUUCCCCCAACCGCCACCAGACUCUCCCGGCCUCCCCGAUCCGCCCACCGUUCGCGUGUCGAGCAAACGAAAGUCGACACAAUCCAUUGUGGGCAGCUUGGUGGCGUCGGCACCCUCGUCUGCAGAUCGGUCUGCCCUUUUCGACGACACCCCGCAAAAUGUGGAGAACAUCCCAGGGAACCUGCAUCAUGCCGACGACAAACACAUUGAGGCUCUGUUGGCUCGGAAUGGCCCGGUGGCUUUGGUCAAGCAACUCGCGGAGGACCUUGCACAACGCGAUGCCCAAAUAACGGCGUUGCGUCGCAAGGCCGAGGAGCGGGAGAGGAUAUUGAAGAAGAUGCUGCAAGAAUGCGAGAUCUCAAACCUUGACAUUGAGACUCGCUUAAGGGCGGUGGAACGAGGUCAUAAGCAGAGGCAGGCUGAGGAGGCUGCAGAGCCAGGCACGAGGUCUAAGAGGAGAAGCACCCUCGUCGACCCAGAUGAGCUGCAUCCGGAGGACAGCAUAGACAAGCAUCUCGCUCGAGCGCUAAUUGACGAAAACGAUGGAGAAAGGGAGCUUAUCGAUGAAGACGAUAAGUCUCUCGCCCCUUUCCCUUCUCUGGACGACUCGCACUCUGUAACCUCCGACGCCGCAUACUCUUCUAGGUCGAGGCAGGGUAGUAGAGGCUGGAAGAACUAUCUUUGGAAUGGAAAUGCCAACAAAAGGAGGAGUCAAACGCCAAGUGUUGCGAGCAACUACGAUGAUGACCCGCAAACAGUUCGUUCAAGAGCUUCUAGCAUCGGGCAGCAACGUAGAGCGCUUAGCAACGAUAUGUUUCCUCCUUCAAUUGAGGGUAUUCCAAAAAGAGUCAGUGGUUUGAGGGGUGAUGACCCAGAUGCUUCUGGAGCUUCGUCACGAAGAUCAUCGGGCUCUGUGGCCUCGUGGGCUUUAAGACUCGUGGCUGGUAACAACCAAAUGGCAGACAAGACAGGCGCUCUGCGAGGAAGGCCAAAUGCGGUCGCGGAUGCGGAAAAUAAACGCACGGCCUCGAUGGACUCGACCAAAACAACAGCAUCGGCCAAUCUUAAAAGGGUCUCGACAACCGCCACCAUCACAAGAGGUCGUGGCCCGAGGACGUCGCUUGGACCGAAUGGGACGAUCAAAAGCGCCUCGCCGGAGAGUAUGCGCAACACGGCAACAUUACAGAGCCCGCCUCCACCGAUGAACCGGUCGAACACUAAUCUGGGGCCUGUGGAGAUGGACAUGAUCUUGCCGGAAGAGUCUCGCCCGCCUACGCUCAUGCAACAUAACAACAACAUCAGUGAAAGCUCGGGCUACCUUACUGACAGGUUCGGCUUCAUCUACGACCAGCGCCGAAAGAAGCGGCAAGCCGAAGCAGCAGCAGCAGUUUUCGGGAAGAGCGGGCGUCAUACUAAAGCCGAGUCUUUGGGCAAUGCACGAGAUCUGCUUGGUGCCUCAGGGGACGAGGAAUCAAAUGCAUACAAUAACGAGCCGGAGUUGGCUAACAACAAACCGGCAAGCAUACAUUCGCAAGCCGACGAGUCGCAGUCUGCCAAACGCUGGCAAGACUACCUGAAGCUAGCAACGUUUCCCACCGAGCUUCUUUCCCACACUCCUGCUCCUCUUGGACCGGUCACUACCGUAGAAGUGGAAGACGCUACCCCAAAGGCAUCUCAAAUUGUCCAAAAGCGCGGGUCUCUGCCGACUCCGAGUGCAAACCCGGAGCCUUCGCCUUCGCAUGUGACUUCUGAUCUUGCGGAGCUCGCUCUACCGUCUAGCGACUCGGCGCCAUCGACUCCAGCAUCAGAGAAUCAGCCAGAUCCAGUCAAAGCAUUGCUCCAGCAACUCACUGAGCUACACGACUCCCUGCAGCGUGAUAAGACUGUCAAAUGGAACGAUUUCCUCCGGCGCGUUCGCGCAGAACGCAAGCGCGAAGGUGAUGCUAUUGCUACCAGCGAAGGUCGUCCCAAGAACAGCAUGCCAGAAGCACUUCUCACCGACGGUGAGAUUAUUGGUAUCGCUGGACUCGGCAACAAGGGCAAAGUCGGACGUGCGAAGUGGAAAGAGUUCAAAGCGCUAGUCCUUGGAGGCAUCCCCGUUGCGUAUCGAGCAAAGAUUUGGGCCGAGUGCAGCGGCGCCUCUGCGAUGCGGGUUCCUGGUUACUAUGAGGAUCUCGUCGCAAACGGUGUCAGCGACCCGCAGAUUGCGGUCCAGAUCCAGAUGGACAUCAACCGCACGCUGACUGACAACAUCUUCUUCCGCCGCGGGCCCGGUGUGAGCAAGCUUAACGAGGUUUUACUUGCGUACUCGCGCCGCAACGCCGAGGUCGGUUACUGCCAGGGCAUGAACCUCAUUACUGCGUGUCUCCUACUCAUCAUGCCUACUGCUGAGGAUGCUUUCUGGGUGCUCGCCACCAUGAUUGAGAACAUUCUUCCGCAAUCCUACUACGACCACUCUCUUCUCGCCUCUCGUGCUGACCAGCAAGUCCUACGUCAGUACGUCAGAGAGCUACUUCCGCGCCUCUCUGCACACUUUGACAAUCUCGGUAUCGAACUGGAAGCAUUGACCUUCCAGUGGUUCCUGUCCGUCUUUACCGACUGCCUGAGCGCAGAGGCUCUUUUCAGGGUAUGGGACGUAGUACUCUGCAUGCACGACGGGAGCACGUUCCUCUUCCAAGUAGCACUAGCCCUGCUGAAGCUGAACGAGCGACAGCUCCUCGAGCAAGACAACCCGGGCGCCGUGUACCACUACAUCAACCAGCAAAUGACGAACCACGCGAUCAGCAUCGACGGGCUGAUGCAAGCCAGCGACGCGCUGAAGAAGGUGGUGCGGCGCAAGGACGUCGAGGAGCGGCGGCAGAGCGCCGUCGAGCACGAGCGCCAGGUGAUGCGCGAGCGCGAGGAGCUGCGCUCCGACCGCAUCAAGCGCGCCACGGACGCCAUGCGCAGCCACCGCGGCUCGGACACGUCGCUCGAGGGAGCCGCCGAUGAUGCGGCGGCGGCCAUCACCGACGCCCGCAACCAGCAGCCCUACACCCCCAGCGAGUCCGUCUUCCCGGGCAGCGUGGGCGACGUCUCGUCUCCGACGACCAUGACGUCUUCGGUCUCGUAUGUUUCGUCGAGGGACGAAGAGAUGGAGGCGUUUCAGGAGGAGCUGGAGGUGCGGAGUUUGACGCCCAUGCCGAUUGACGAGGAGGUCUUGUGGAGGGGUUGA